AUGUGCAACAAAUUCUUUUAUGUCAACCUUUUUUUCUUUUUCUACCUCUCAUUAUUUCACAAUGUUUAUGCUUCUCAAACCAAGAAUUUCAACUUGCAACUCAAAGCUGUAAACCUUGGAAAUUGGCUUGUUAUUGAAGGAUGGAUGAAACCUUCUCUCUUUGAUGGAAUAAUCAACAAUGAUCUUUUGGAUGGAACUCAUGUGCAAUUUAUGUCAUUAAAACUAGAAAAGUAUCUAUGUGCAGAACAUGGUGGAGGAACUAUUAUUGUGGCCAACCGAACCAGACCUUUUCAUUGGGAAACUUUCAGAUUGUGGAGGCUGAAUGAGACAAUGUUUAAUUUAAGAGUGUCAAAUAAGCAAUUUUUGGGAUUAGAAGGUGAAAACAAAUUAGUGGCUGAUAUAGAUUCACCUGGAAACAAUGAAACAUUUGAGAUUGUGAGAAAUGAAGAUGAUCGAAACAUGGUUAGGAUCAGAGCAUCAAAUGGUUUGUUUUUACAGGCCAUAUCAGAGAGUUUAAUAAGCACAGGAACAGUUUAUGAAGAAUCCAUUUGGGAGGACAAUGACCCUUCAAUAUUCAAAAUGACCGUUUUGUCUGACACAAUUCUAAGAGGAGAAUACCAAAUUACAAAUGGUUAUGGUCCAAACAAAGCUUCCAAGAUCAUGCAGGAACACUGGAAGACAUAUAUAACAGAAGAUGAUUUCAAAUUCAUGUCAGAAAAUGGCUUAAAUGCAGUCAGAAUUCCUGUGGGGUGGUGGAUAGCGAAGGACCCAACACCACCUAAGCCAUUUGUUGGAGGAUCCUUAAAAACACUUGACAGUGCCUUCACAUGGGCACAAAAAUAUGGAAUGAAAGUUAUUGUAGACCUGCAUGCUGCACCGGCUUCGCAAAAUGGAAGAGCUCAUAGUGCGACAAGAGAUGGAUAUCUAGAAUGGGGAGAUUCCAGCAUUCCUGAUACAGUCGCAACCAUAGACUUCUUAGCUCAAAGAUACGGUGAGAGGUCAAAUUUAAUUGGAAUACAACUGAUGAAUGAGCCUCAAGGAGUUGAUUUGGAAAGUCUUAAAAAGUAUUAUAAAGCUGGUUAUGAUGCUGUAAGGAAACACACAUUAAGUGCUUAUGUGAUAAUGUCAAACCCUCUCGAUAGAGAUUCAAAAGUGCUUCUACCGUUUGUUAAAGCUUUUGAUAAAGUUGUCAUUGAUGUGCAUUACUACAAUCUCUUUUCGGAUAAGUUUUCAAACAUGAAUGUGAAGCAGAACAUUGAUUAUAUUAAAUAUCAAAGAGCUUCUGAGAUUAAUUCUCUGACCACAUCAAAUGGACCACUCAUCUUUGUUGGGGAAUGGAGUGGUGAUUGGAAGGUUCAGAAUGCAUCAAAACAAGAUUUUCAAAAAUUUAUGAAUGUACAAGUGGAGGUAUACUCUCAUGCUACAUUUGGAUGGGCUUAUUGGGCUUGCAAAUGUGACUCUAAUAAUUGGAGCCUUGAGUGGUUGCUUAAAAAUAAUUAUUUUAAGCUUUAA